AUCCAUCUAUCUUUCACAAAUGAGUUCUAUCGAAGACGUUCCUAUCGAAGUGUCCAAAGUGUUUGACACCAUCUUGGUGCUCGACUUUGGCUCGCAAUACUCCCACUUGAUCACCCGUCGGUUAAGAGAGUUCAACAUCUAUGCUGAGAUGUUGCCUUGCACUCAGAAGAUCUCUGAGUUGUCUUGGAAGCCAAAGGGUGUCAUUUUAUCGGGAGGGCCAUACUCGGUGUACGCCGACGACGCCCCUCAUGUGGACCACGAUGUGUUCAAGUUGGGUGUUCCAAUCUUGGGGAUCUGUUACGGAAUGCAAGAAUUGGCAUGGAUCAACGGUAAAGGUGUUGCCAGAGGUGAAAAGAGAGAAUAUGGACCUGCCACCAUCGAUGUCCAAGACAAGUCUUGUGCUUUAUUCAAGGACAUCGACCACUCGCAAGUGUGGAUGUCUCACCACGACAAGUUGCACGCCUUACCAACUGGUUACAAGGUUGUGGCUACGUCUGGAAACUCUCCCUUUGCUGCUAUUGCCAAUGAUACCGAACAAAUCUACGGAAUCCAAUUCCACCCCGAAGUAACCCACACCACUCAAGGUAAAACCUUGUUGAGAAACUUUGCGGUAGAGAUCUGUAAGGCCAACACCAACUGGUCAAUGGAAAACUUUGUUGACACUGAAAUCGCCAGAAUCAAAAAGUUGGUGGGACCAACGGCUGAAGUCAUUGGUGCUGUUUCUGGAGGUGUGGACUCAACUGUUGGAGCUAAGAUCUUGCAUGAAGCCAUUGGUGAGCGUUUCCACGCCAUCUACGUCGAUAACGGAUUGAUGAGAAAGAACGAAACCGAACAGGUUUAUCAGACUUUAACCGAAGGGUUGGGAAUCAACUUGACAGUCGUGGAUGCUACUGACAAGUUUUUGGACAGGUUGAAGGGUAUCAAGGACCCAGAAAAGAAGAGAAAGAUCAUUGGUAACACCUUCAUUCAUGUAUUUGAAGAAGAGGCUGCGAAAAUCAAGCCUGCUUCGGGACAGGAAAUUGAAUAUUUGUUGCAAGGAACUUUGUACCCCGAUGUGAUCGAGUCUAUUUCUUUCAAAGGACCUUCACAAACCAUUAAGACCCAUCACAAUGUUGGAGGAUUGUUAGAAGACAUGAAAUUAAAGUUAAUUGAACCUUUAAGAGAGCUCUUCAAAGACGAAGUUAGACAUUUGGGUGAAUUGUUGGGAGUUCCCCAUGAUUUGGUAUGGAGACAUCCCUUCCCUGGUCCCGGUUUGGCCAUCAGAGUGUUGGGAGAAAUCACCAGACCUCAAUUGAAGAUUGCCAGAGAAGCUGACCACAUUUUCAUUGAGGAAAUCAAGAAUGCUGGAAUCUACAAGGAAAUCUCCCAGGCAUUCGCUGCCUUGUUGCCAGUGUUUUCAGUGGGUGUCAUGGGAGACCAAAGAACUUACGAGCAGGUUAUUGCCUUGAGAGCCAUUGAGACGGUUGAUUUUAUGACUGCUGACUGGUAUGUUUUUGAAGCGUCGUUCUUAAAGAGAGUGGCCUCGAGAAUUGUUAAUGAGGUCGACGGGGUUGCCAGAGUCACCUACGACAUCACAUCCAAGCCUCCUGCCACUGUUGAAUGGGAAUAAGCUUUUUGCUAUUGUUUUGAUAGAUAAGUAGAACUGAUAUACUUGAGAUUUCUAUUUAGUGUAAUAUAAUCGUCAUCUGGAGUCCCUCAUGUUCAAAAGUGACCAGAUGCCUUCAUAAGUAACUAACCUGCUGUCGUAUCACCGACGCGAUCAACACAUCAUCUUCGUGGCUAAUACUAAGGAGGAACUCUUCAUUGUUCUUGGAGUAAGUAUCACUGCAAACCACUGGUUUGCCUCGUUCAUCGUAGAUUCGAAACCAUUCCUUGAACGUGAAUGAUUUCUGAUCCUGAGAGUCCAAUGUCUUGUAGAUGGCCUCCUUAAUAGCCCAACUGCCGGCUAAGAAACUCAUACUUUUGGAAUGAUUGGAGAUCGAGAGCUGGGAGAAUACUGGCAUUUCGUGGUGGGGGUUCAAGAUCCUCAGUGACAUCUUCGCCAUGAACCGCGACAUGUUCCGACCCUCACGGGCUGCUAUUGACUCGAAUCUCGAGAUCUUCACUAUAUCAACUCCAUGUCCCAAUACAUUCGUCACUCGUAUUCCAGGCAUUAAGUUCCUCU